GCACGCCAGCGCCGCUCGCUCGCCACUUCUCUCCCACCUCCGAGCCCUAUCCCCGCCUGCUUGCUUCUCCCGUGGGAGUUGGGAUUCCUUCCUUCCCCCCUAGCUGCCCGUCGUAUUUAGGAACAUGGCGUCGCCCCGGAUCCGCUUCAGCCGCCAAAUCCCCCUCUCCUGCUCCGACACCGAAGACGAGGAGGAGGAAGAAGAGGAAGAGGACGAAGAGGAGGAGGAGCCAUACGAGGGAGAGGGGGAGCGCGAGGCACCGGUCGCGUCGCCGCUGAUACUACCGUCCGCGAGGGGAGGAGGGGUUUCCGUGGUGGACAUGGUGGCGGCGGCGCUGCGGAGGUCGCUGCUGCUGUGCACCAGCGUGCGCGCCGACGAAGGGACCGCGGCCGCCGCCGCGGCCUCCGGGAUGCAGAUAGGGCGGCCCACCGAGGUGCGCCACGUCUCGCACGUCACCUUCGACCGGUUCGUCGGCUUCCUCGGCCUCCCCGCCGACCUCGAGCCCGAGGUGCCUCGCCCCGCGCCCAGCGCCAGUGUGAGUGUAUUUGGAGUUUCACCAAGGUCCAUGCAAUGCUCGUUCGAUAAAAGAGGAAACAGUGUCCCAACAAUACUAUUGAAUAUGCAAAGGAAGUUAUAUUUACUUGGCGGCCUUCAGGCUGAAGGGGUCUUCAGAAUAAAUGCUGAUAAUAGCCAGGAACUACAUGUCAGGGAGGAACUAAACCGAGGUGUUGUUCCAGAUGGAGUUGACAUGCACUGUCUCGCUGGCCUUAUAAAGGCAUGGUUCCGGGAACUUCCGAGUGGAGUAUUAGACUCUUUGACUCCAGAACAAGUGAUGCACUGCAACACUGAAGAAGAAUGUGCUAUCGUUGCAAGUAUCGUACCUCCAGUGGAAGCAGCAUUACUCGAUUGGGCCAUCAAUCUGAUGGCCGAUGUUGUGCAACAUCAAAACUACAACAAGAUGAAUGCACGGAAUAUCGCUAUGGUUUUCGCACCAAACAUGACUCAGAUGGCCGAUCCCUUGACUGCUUUGAUACAUGCUGUUCAAGUGAUGAAUUUUUUAAAGACAUUGAUCCUGAAAACUGUAAAAGAAAGGGAAGAGUCAGCUGCUGCAGCAAGGACAUCCACGUCUAACUCUGGUUCCUCAAGUGACAGAGAUGAACCUCAUAAAUUAGUUAAUUUGAACAAUCCCUUCAUUUGUUCAAGUCACGAAAAUGUUGAACGCCCCAUGAUUAGUGGGGCUACACUUGACCACUUCCUCUUGAGAGUAGAAGAAGCGCUUCACCAUGAUGCGCAAGCCAGUAUUGGAGAACACAAGAAGUGUGGCACUGGUACUGUCCAUGACAAAAGCAAUAACGAAUUUUCUCCUGAGGAGAAUGAUUUGAGCUACCAAGAUAGCAGUUAUGCAAAUAAGCUCAGUAAUGACAGUGCUGAAGGCUUGUUUGACAGAUUUAAAUUUAGGAAAGGGGUAGGGAGACUCUGCAGGAAUCCAGUGUUUCAGUUGAGUAGGUCCAUGAAGAAGUCUGAUGAAGCAGGACAAACUUGUGCAUGACAUGGUAGGGUGUAAUUGAUGAGUCUAUUAUUUCCGCAGCUGUCUAGUUCUUAACUCGCUCAGUUCUCCUAGAUUGUGUAUGUAGAAGCUAUGAGCCCAUUUGGCAGUAGUAGAAGUAGUGAUGAGGAGUUCUUUGUGUGUACAGUUCAGGAAUUCAUUUCCAACAAUCCAGAUUAUAAGAUGCCAUCAUCACCCAUUGUUCCUCAUAA